AUGAAAAAAUUGGGUCUAAUUACUCUCAGCCAAAAUUUAAUCCUUAAACCUAAGAUACCCAAACAAUUUCUCUCAGCCUCCAUUGCCGCCUCUUUGCCUUUCUUUCUUGCACUCUCAGCUGAUAUUGAUUGCUCUCCGUGCAAGAGAACAACUGAGAAAGUUCCUGUUUGCAACUUCCAUGAGAUGGCAGAGUACUUCAAUAAGAAAUCUGAUAUCUCAGGCAACAUUCCCCUUGGAAGUUUCAAUUCAAUGUUCAAUUUCACUGGUUCUUGGCAAGUUGAUGCGGUAACUACCAAAUCCCUUGCCAUGGUUGGAUACAUAAUUCCUCUUUUUACAGUUAAACUAGAAAAGCCAAAUUUAAUUUUGCAUGAGGAAGUUAAACGAGCUAUUCCUUAUUCUUGGGAUCCUGCAUCAUUGGCAAGUUUAAGAGCACUGAAAAACUCUGGUGUGUGCUGCUCAAUAGAGAAAUGGGGCUGUGACCCUAGUAAUAGUCUAUGCACCUUUUGCACUUUGAGAUUUAGAUUGGAUAUAGAAAAUUGUGUAAAAUACAUGGGUGAUCAUAGAUUUCAGGACUCAAAUAGCCAGUCAACCGCCGGCCCCUUAAAAUACAAAGACAAGGAUGUUACAGUAAUUUUUAGAAGACGAGGGGGAGACGAUCUUGAACAAAGUCAUUCCAAGUGGGCAGAGACUGUAGGAUUAGCACCCGAUGUGAUAAACAUGACGUUCACUCCCAUUGUUUCUUUACUUGAAGGAGUACCUGGAAUAAAGCAUUUAGCUCGUGCAAUCGAGUUAUAUUUGGAAUUCAAACCGCCUAUUGAAGAUUUACAGUAUUUUUUGGAUUUUCAAAUCGCUCGAGUUUGGGCUCCUGAGCAGAAUAACCUGCAAAGAAAGGAGCCUGUUGGUUCCUCUCUUCAGUUCAGCUUGAUGGGUCCCAAGCUUUAUAUCAGCCCUGAUCAGGUAUUGCUUACUCUAAUAAAAGAAAUAAUAUUUCCCAUUUCAUUGGAACAGAGAGCAUUUUUCUUCAUGUGAUUCAUUUGUACUAAA